GGUAUGCUUUAUGCUUGCAGAUGGGGUUUACAAGAGACGUAGACCAUGGUUAUGCUUGGGUGGCCCUGGCAGCGUCGUUCAGCAUCCAUUUUACAAUUGGACUAAUGGGAUAUAGCUUUGGAGUGAUAAAUAUCGCUAUAAUGGAAGAAAUAGAAGAUGACAUAACAAAAACGUCUUGGAUUGGUUCUACGUUAUUUGGGACUACUUCUCUAAGUGGCCCUGUUGCUGGUAUGGUUCAUCAGAAACUAGGCUCCAGAAAAACAGCUAUGAUAUGCGGGGUGUUGAUGCUGAUUGGGAUGACAUCGGCAUACUUCUGUCAAACAGUGUUGGGGUUAUUAAUCACAUACGGACUGGUGACAGGAUUGGCUUUAGGUCUUGCAUCAAAUGUUGCUGGAGUCGUCCCAGGAUAUUACUUUCUGAAAAGAAGACCUAUUGCUUUUGGAGUGUCCAUGGCCGGGGGUGGAGCUGGUCUCUUCACUGGGCCAUUGGCACGGUACCUCCUCGACCAAUACAACCUACAUGGAACACUUCUCAUCUUGGGCGGCAUCGGCUUCAACAUGUGCAUCGCUGGUGCCUUGUUACGACCGGUAAGGAACCAAGUACAAACCAAAUCCAUUGUCAGAAAGACAGAAGAAGAAGGUUGCCAACAACCUCAUCCAGAAGCGACCAGUCUCAUGAGACAGUCAGAAGAGAACAACGCAAUCAUCAGAUCUGUCCAAUCAUCAGAUGAUGGAUCCCCUGAUCCAGGUUACACAGGAUCCUGUUUAUAUGCACGAUUCAGGAUCUUCAUACAGCUAGAUUUUGUAUUGUACAAUGUUAGUGUUUUUCUGUGGUGUUUGGGAGCAUCAUCUUGCAUAAUUCACUUGCCGAACUACGCUGAAUAUAAAGGAAGUUCACCUAUUCAGGCUGCCACUCUGCUUCCUGCUGUGGGUGCAGGUAGUAUCUUCUCAAGAAUAGUCGUGGGGUUAGUUUCAUCUGACAAAAACAUUGACAUUGUGUUGCUCCAGUUUGGAAUAACUGGGAUAACAGGAACAUUAGCGCUCGUCUUCCCAUUAUUGCCCAACUGUUACAAUGCUCAGCUUGUGUUCAGUUGUUUGUAUGGGACAUAUUGCCAUGGCGUAUAUUCGCUUCUUGGACCUAUGACAAUUAGGCUUCUUGGUUUACCAAAUGCUUCUAUUUCGUACGGAAUCGUUAGUCUCUUCAUCGGAGGUGGACAUUUGCUGGGACCACCUAUUGCAAGUUUCUUCUAUAAAGGAAGUGGGAUAUAUGAAUAUACCUACGUAUUUUCAGGUCUAUGUUCUGUCCUGAGUUCAAUAUCAGUUGCAUCCACAAGUGCAUUUAGAAGUAGGCGGCUAGACGAUUAAAGCCAGAUCUAUCGCGGUUGACAUGUUGGUUUGAUUCAACGAAAUCGUGUAUUAUGCGCGAACUGUAUAUUAAGUAAAUGCUGUAUGGCUUAUUAACAUUUAGACACCUAACUGUACACUGGUAUGUAUACCCUAACAAACCAAAUGUUGGUGCCCUAAAUGCUACGUUUUCUGAUAAAGGGCGUAUCGACAGAGGGGCGCUGAAUACUUAGAAUACGGUAUAUAUACUAUACUGGUGACUUUGGAACGUAGGAUUGUUCUUGAACUGAAGACCUGUUUACCAGGAUAGAUCCUAGCUGUGAAUUGUCCGUAGGUCCGCUAUGACUGGUAGCGAGUGAGGGCGGAUCAACGGAUGAAUCAUGACCCAGUGGACUGUCUACAUCUACAUCACGGACAAUCUCCAUAGCAACACAUCUAUGAUGGUUGGUUCAAGCUGUUGAUGGCGUCUGUUUUCCACGGGAAAAUAUACCUUUAUCCAAUGAAGCAAAGGUCUUAAUUUUUUUUCGAGUAAUAUUGUCAUGCAAACUGUUUGACUUGAUGAAGCGUGCAGUUACAGCCUUUCUCAUGAGUUGUCCGCUGGCGUUUGAGU